AUGGUUCAUGAACAAGAGUAUCAUUUAUUACCAAAAUAUAAUGGUGUCAAGGAACACAUUGAAGAGCAUUUUGAUCGACCAGAGCUUAUCAAGGAUUGCAUUCUUGGUUUAUCAGAUGGAUUGACUGUACCAUUUGCUCUUGCUGCUGGUCUAUCAAGCUUGGGUGAUAGCCGAAUUGUUAUCUUUGGUGGAUUAGCUGAGCUGGUCUCAGGAGCCAUCUCUAUGGGAUUGGGUGGUUAUCUCGCAGCAAAGUCUGAAGCUGAUCAUUAUCAUACAGAAAGGGAGCGAGAAGCACGAGAAGUUGAAUUAUACCCCGAAGAGGAAGAAGAAGAGAUCAUAGAGCUAUUUGAACCUUAUGGCUUAGAUCGUGAGUCAAUGGAACCCAUGAUGGUUAGGUUCAGACAGAAUACAGAGAAGUUUGUGGAUUUUAUGAUGAAGUUUGAAUUGAAUCUAGAAUUGCCUGAUCCUAAUCGUAGUUGGAUUUCUGCUUUAACUAUCGGCCUUUCAUACUUUUUCGGUGGAUUGAUUCCUCUGUUGCCUUAUGUGUUUAUUACAAAUACGAACAAUGCACUCUAUAUAUCAUGUCUAGUCACUCUUCUCACCUUGUUCUGUUUUGGAUACCUCAAAAGUAUCUACCUAAGGCCAAAACAAGCACUCUUGGGAGCUAUUCAAACACUGGCUAUAGGAGCAGUUGCAGCCGCAUUUAGUUAUGGCAUUGUUGCUUUAGUAGAUAACCAAAACAACACAAAGUAACAUGUUUGUAUAUAUAUAUUCAUGAAAAAGAAAAUGGAAAAUAAAUAGUAGCAUAUGAAUCAUAAUGGCAGCACUUUAAAGCUUGGAUGGGUUUAUUGAAAUUGCUUUUUCACAAUGUAAACCUUUGUUUAUAUGACAAAUAUCCCAAAUAUGCAUGACCAUGUACCCCCUUUUUUUAUACCGGCAUUCCAUAAAUCAAUACCCGAGCUUCUACUCAUGUUUAAACAAACAAAAGGAAACUUUCCCUUUAUCCCUGGAUCCAAGUGCAUUAAUAUAAAAAGGGGACAAUUAUUCUCCAAGGGUUAUGGAGGAGAUGUUUGACAAUGUGACGCGAG